UUAGGCCUAGUGAAGCAUUGCAUUUGUCGCUCGUGUGUAAAUAUGCAAACGUUAGUUAGUACGUUAGUUUGAUUCAUGUAUAAAAUAUAUGUGGGCGGCUCUAAUGUUAUUUUAAAAAGUUUAUUUUAAUCUGCAAAGGUGUAUCAAAAAGGAUAUUCUACCCUUAACAAGGCCUUAUGAACAGGGAAAAUGUCUGGCAACGACAUACAGUUAAAAUCUUUGAAACACUUUGAUAACACAAACGAUACAGACGAACCGCCGGCGUAUAACCAAAUCGAGAAGACAGAAAAAGACGGGAGACAGAAUCCGGCGUAUGUUUCCGACAACAGUAGCCAGGAGAGCCUAGAUGCUACACCUUACAAUACUAACCCAGACGGUGGGUACCCUGUCGGCCAUAACGAGAUUCAAAUAACUGAAACAAUACCAAACGGAUUACGUCAUAGACAUACAAACGGUGAGGCUUUGGCUCUAGAUGACGAAGUGGAACAAUACGAAGAGUCUAGUGACGAUGAUGAUGACUACGAUACUAAAAUAGCUCGUGGUAUAGGCGUAACCAGAAAAACAAUAUGGACGGCUUACGAAGAUCAUAAAAAAGAGUUUUGGACCUGUUUCUGGAUUGUCCUGGCUUGCCUAUACUUCGCUUAUUUCAUCUAUGCCAUGGUGAAGACUUUCGACGUCGACGACGAAGGGGCUAUGCGUCUUCUCAUUGUUACUAUUCUUGGAACUUUGUUUGUCGUCGGCAGAUUGCUGUGGGGCCGUUUUAUGAAAGACAAAGAAAUCCGUGUGUUUGAUUCAGAAAACCCUACGGCACAAAAAGUUAGAUUGGUUCUUUACUGGUGUCUGGUCAUAGGAACUAUACUAUUCUUCAUUGCAUUUAUCGUUGUUGAUGUGGCAGUAGACAGACCGCAAAAUCUCAUAUCCGCCCUUGGAAUGUUUGUCUUCGUUUUGCUGUUCUUUGUUGCAUCCAAAAAUCCAGCAAAGGUACAAUUUCGGCCAGUGUUCUGGGGCCUGGCGUUGCAGUUCUACUUUGCCUUGCUAAUCUUACGGACCGAGUUCGGAUACCGUGCAUUUGAAUGGCUAGGGGAACGGGUCAGAGAGUUUCUUGCACAUACGGACGCUGGUUCGAGAUUUGUGUUCGGAAAUGAUUAUGAACAUCAUUUCUUCGCCUUCAAGGUUCUGACAGUGAUCGUGUUUUUCAGUGCCAUUAUUUCUGUGCUGUAUUACCUAGGCGUCAUGCAAUUCAUUAUCAGAUACUUGGCAAGGUUUUUGGCUUUUUGCUUAGGUACCUCACCGACGGAGUCCCUUAAUGCGGCCGGAAAUAUCUUUAUUGGACAGAGCGAGUCACCGCUGAUGAUCCGACCAUUUAUCAAGGAAAUGACGAAGUCUGAGCUACACGCUGUCUGCACCGGAGGGUUCGCCACGAUUGCUGGAUCUGUUAUGGCCGCAUAUAUUCUCAUGGACGUUCCGCCGAAUCAUCUUCUGUCGGCGUCAGUCAUGAGUGCUCCAGCAGCCUUAGCUAUGGCCAAACUGUUCUAUCCAGAAACGAAAAAGACAAAACAUCGAGCUGAAGACGUGUAUAAGAUGCCAAAAGGAACAGAGACAAAUAUCAUCGAGGCGGCCAGUAACGGUGCUUCGGUUUCCAUCAAACUUAUCGCUAACAUCGCUGUCAAUCUCAUUGCUUUCCUUGCGAUCCUCCAGUUCCUCGACCAGACCCUCAUCUGGAUCGGUCACCGAGUGGACAUGUAUAAUCCUGAACUCACAUUUACUCUUAUCUGCUCCUAUGUGUUUUAUCCGAUUUCCUGGCUACUUGGUACCUCUUUAUCGGAUGUAAGGAAGGUUGCUGGGAUGAUUGGAUCUAAAACAUUUUUGAACGAGUUCGUAGCCUAUGGAGAACUGAGUGUUUUCAUAAAUAAUACGGCGAAGUACAAUGCUUACAUGAGCAAUGAGACAGGUACCCACAACGGAACAACCUUCAUAAAUGAUGACAUCAUUAUCAACUAUACUGGAGAGAUCCUUGUUGGGGGCAUAUUAACGGAUAGGUCAAUAGUCAUUGCAACGUACGCCCUAUGUGGGUUUUCCAAUCUUGCAUCCAUAGGGGUCAUGAUUGGUGCUCUUGGGGCAAUGGCGCCCUCGAGGAGAAGGGACAUAACUAAAAUUGUCAUAAGGGCAAUGAUAUCUGGAAAUGUGGCAUGUUUUAUGACAGCGUGUAUAGCAGGUCUUUUGUAUAAAGGACCCAUCUAAAGACAGUACUCAUAAACUAUGUAAAUUCGCCGUGUUCAAGACAGAUCCAUAGUUUUAACACAACGAUACAAAUAUGCCUAGGAUAUUGUUCAAGACAGAUCCAUAGUUUUAACACAACGAUACUAUUAUGCUUAGGAUAUUGGCCGGUUUUUAUUUCAAUAUUCAAGACAGAUCCAUAGUUUUAACACAACGAUACUAUUAUGCUUAGGAUAUUGGCCGGUUUUUAUUUCAAUGUUCAAGACAGAUCCAUAGUUUUAACACAACCAUACAAAUAUGCUUAGGAUAUUGGUCGGUUUUUAUUUCAGUGUUCAAGACAGAUCCAUAGUUUUAACACAACAAUGCAAGUAGGCCUUGGAUAUUGGCCGGUUUUUUAUUUCAAUGUUUUAUAUGUUUGUAUAUUUUACGAUUAACCAUUUGUAUUCAAGAGUUUAUUUUAUACAAAGAUUUUACUGAGCUCAAAAGUUUGCUUUCGUUUUGUGUUCGUAGAUUUUAUAUAGAUAUGUUUAUCCACUUUUACUCUAAACAAUUCAUGUGUUCAUAAUGCCUUACAUAUGUACUAUAUUUUAACGUAUCAUAAUCAUAUAGAUGUUUAAAUAACCUCAUCUUAUAAAAUAAAAUAUGUGUUCAAUAAAGUUA